AUGUCAUCCGUACACUUCUUCCCUGCUUCCUCCCAGACCCCGGUCCCCGCCCGCCAACUCAAAACCUCCCCAAAGCCACCCCUCCCGUGCACCCGCACCCUGCCCACCACCACUUUCCAGAGCGUCGGCGGCAAUUGCAAUGCGUGGCGCUGCCCGUACCUACGGCUGCGGCGGAGGGUCCGCACCCCCGCAGCGCCGGCCGACGCGCCGUCUGUGGGCCCCGACGGCGGGAGCGGGGGCGGCGGCGCCGGGGGAGGGAGCGGAGGGGAGGACGAGGAGGAGGAGGAGGGGGAGAAGAAGGAGAAGGGGUUGCUGCCCGAGUGGAUGAACGUGACCACGGAGGACGCCAAGACGGUGCUGGCCGCGGUGGCUAUCUCGCUCGCUUUCCGAACCUUCGUCGCCGAGCCGCGCUUCAUCCCCUCGCUCUCCAUGUUCCCCACCUUCGACGUCGGCGACCGCAUCGUCGCUGAGAAGGUUACUUACUACUUUAGGAAGCCCUGUGUCAAUGAUAUAGUAAUUUUCAAAAGCCCGCCAGUUCUGCAGGAGGUUGGGUAUACUGAUAAUGAUGUUUUUAUCAAAAGAGUGGUUGCCAGGGAGGGCGACGUUGUUGAGGUUCACGAAGGAAAACUUGUUGUGAAUGGUGAGGCUAGAAAUGAAGAAUUCAUUCUUGAGCCACCUUCUUAUGACAUGAAUCCUGUGGGGCCCUCUUCCAGCAAAGAACAUAUUGGGGAGAUCAAUUUUUCGGUAUUGGCCUCCUGGCCGAAUAGGGGUACCACCAAGUGUUGCUUCAACCCUGAAUUAAACCCUGAAACAAAACCAGGAUCGCUUAUUGAUGUCAAAUUGACAAAGUAG